AAAAUCUACAAUAUUACGAAUACGUCGUCAACAAACUUUAGUAGUAGAACUUCGAUCGAUUCGAUAUACUUUAAUUUAUUUCCCGAUACGAAUUAGUUAUAAUUGUAGUGGUAUUGCGUGUUUUUCUCAAGACUACGAUCUGUGUUAUAAGACUAACAUGACUCUAUCAGAAUACUCUCAACUAAAGCAAUACAUAAUAUUCUCAGUGGGGACAAACGAAAGACAUAGUGAAAUAUUGAGUUCCUUGAAAGAGUUUUUCAGAGAUAGUAUCAAUUCUGUGAGAAGAUUUGAACAAAUCACCAGCAUCGGACACCUGUUGAGGGUUUUAGAAAUUCGUGACCUACUAUCUGAAGAUAAUGUAGAAUGCUUAAAAAACAUAGCUUUGAGACUCCCUAAUUCUCAGGAUGUAAUGCAAAGAAUAACGGACUAUGAACGCUGUCAUGUUCCAAGGGAGUAUGGGAAUUAUUACACUGCUUCAACACAAAAUCAGAAAAAGGAGCCAGAAGACAGUUUUAUCACCAGCAGUCCAUUGACUUCUAAUCUAAGUAAAAGGAAGAAACAGAGAAUUUUCGAAACUAUCAUUGAAGAGAUCGGCAGUUUCUGGCGUGACCUUGCCAGGAACCUGAAGAUUCGUGAAUGUGUUAUUGAUGACAUAGAUUUCCAGAAUAAAACAUUAGCUAUAAAAGCUACAAAAAUCAUGGAAGCAUAUGAAUACAAAGCAGAUCCACAGAGAUGGUUUUUUGUUCUGUGUGAUGCUUUAGAGAAGACACGCAGGAAAGAUCUUGUUAGAUCUAUACAAGAAAUUAUGGCAAUGAAUAUUUGACAUUGUUAAUUAGUUGUUUUAUUCUUUAAGUUUUAGACAUAAGGAUCAAAAUGUAUUGUGAUUUAAAAAUAAAACUCAUAUUAUUUCAUUAAACAAUUUAAUGUUCAAAACAUAGUAUAUAAAAUACUUCCUUUAUUGUACAUAUUAUAUCACUUUAAAAUAUAAAAAUAUUUAGAUCUGUUGUAAACCUUAACAAUAAUUAAACCUUUGAAAUGUAUAAGAUUUUUUUAUAAGAAGCAAUAGACUUUCCAAAUAGGUUUCUUAUACAAUGUGCAAUAAAUUCAUGGAAUGUAAAAUUGGAAGACAGUUAUACAUUUUAAUUCAAGCUUAUAAAACUAGGUACAUUAACAAUAUUCGAGCACAAUAAGAUUGUAAUUCUCUGUAAAUUGAUAAAAAAUACUCUUAAUUAGUAACAAUGAAUAUAAAACAAUAUUCAAUUCAAUUCUGCACCUUGUGAUGAACAACUACUCUGCACCUUAUUUAUUUCAUUCUCUCAAUUUUCUAUCCUUUCAUUUAACUAUAAACAACUUUCCUCUCAAUUACUUUUUUAAAAUUUGAUUUCCAAAUGUCUUGUCCCCUCUGAAUUCAGCAUUUGAUGCCUUGCGUUAGCACAGUAGUUUUUGUCCAGACAAACUGACUACAGUGCAGUAUUAGUGGCCAACUUUAGAGGGACAAAGUACUUAAUUUGAUUGGCAGCUGUAUCUUAAUUUAUUUAAUAAAUUCUAAUUACUAAAACGAA